AUGGAAGGGUCCAGUUCAACUCCUCAAAAGCCAAGAAUCAAGUCUUGUUACUCCCCUAACAAAAUAAACUGUUUUUUAGAGGGGCGCACCUCGUGCUUUCUCUGGCUUUUGAUGAUUGUCAUCACCAGGCUAUUGGAGCCAAGAAAUGGGGUUGAAGAGGGUAAUGGGAUAACCCUUUUUGCUGUGGUAAUGAUCAGAGGGAAUUGUUUGGGGAUUUUGGAGUUCUGGGGUUGUGUGAAAUUGUGGGUUGUGCCUGAGAGGAAAAGACAUGAGCAUUUUUUGAAUCAUCAAGGGGAGUUCUAUAAAUUGGAAGUGUAG